CAACAUGUUCUCGUAACAAAACAUUUCAAUACAAAAAUAUUUCAGUAUGUUUGCUCUGUUUUUAUAAAUUUCUAUGUGAAGGAGUUCACGAUGAUACAUUCUUCUAUAAACUAUUUUAACUAUCAAAUUGUACAGUUACUAGACUGGGCGCGAUGCGGGGAGAGCUUUUUCUCAAUAAUACCGACGGUGCUGUGGGCAGCUGGGUCCGCUGCGUUUGCGCACCGCAUCAUAACGUCACUGUUCAAACGAUUUAUGUUCCGGAGGGUACCACUAUGGGAAAUUAUUCUACAGCAUCUGAUAUUCAUUUGGAUGGUCAUAUAUAGUUUACAUUUCUGGGGACUACUCGUAAGGAUUGUGAAAAUGAUUGUCGAAUAUUGUUACCACAACGACCACAACACAGAAGUAUCACACGAAGAGCUAGCAGGUCGCAGGAUAAUGCAGCAGUGGCUUCUCUGGGUGUGCGGCGCGUGCCCGCUCGCGGCGUACCUGCACACGCGCCCGCGCCCCGCACACCCGCCCCUCAUGAUAUGGAUAACUACUAAUCCCUGGCAGAGGCGGGAAAUGGGUCCCUAUGGGUACUAUCUACAUCGACCCCUAACUUCUUUGGAAGGUCAAAAUUCAUCAUUGCAGCAAACGGCAGUUCUCCGAAAGGCUCACAGCGACUCCAGGACAAUCAUCAAAGAACCGCCCAGAAAGAGAAGAAUUUCUAAAUCAGUUUAAGAACUUCGUAAUAAAUCAUGUCUUUUUCUUAAAUCGUAUUUUAUUUUGAACCUACAGAGAGAACGAUAAG